AUGGUUUUCUACACUCGGCAACUGUGUACAAAUACUUACUCGGUCGAGGUGGAACUAGAGGAAGGGACCCUUAUCGGUUACCAGACAACGGGAAAACAUUUUGAAGUAUUCAAACAAGUACCUUAUGCGAAAUCUCCUGAAGGCAAUCUUCGAUUUCGUAAGCCGGAGCCGAUCGGGACCUUUGCUGGCGGAAUUCAUGAUUCUGUCGCUGUAGGCGACAAUCUCAAAGCUUGCAUCGGAACAGGCGUUGGCUCGAAUGACCUACAAGAUGCGCUAGACAUGGGAUUUAUUUCCGAAGACUGCCUCACAAUGGAUAUUUACCGACCAGUGAAAAACUACCACACGCGUCUCCCGAUUUUCGUCUGGAUUCACGGCGGUGGAUUGACUAGUGGAACAUCAGCUUAUUACCACUUUUCCAGACUGGCAAGGGAGGAUAUUAUUGUUGCUGUGGUUCAAUAUCGCCUUGGAGUGCACGGCUUCUUGAGCUCCUACAGUGCUGAGGGACUGACCGAAACUCCAGGCAAUUUUGGUCUGCUAGAUCAACAAGCAGCAAUUGAAAAAAUCACCAUCGGCGGCGAGUCAGCGGGCGGCUGGUCUGUUGGCUGGCACAUGUUGAGUACCAAGUCAACAAACAUGAUCCGCACGGCGAUUUCACAAUCUGGCAUGGCUUCUUUUGACAUGUCGCCGCAAGACUCUGAGCACGGAAACUUGGCGAUCAAGCAUCUUUGCGAAAAGACCAAGGCGAAAAUCAACUCGACCUUGGCUUGCUCCGGAAGCAGCGAAGACAUCCUCAACCGUUUCAGAACAUUGACGAAGAACGAAAUUAUUCAGUUGGAAAUUGCCGAUCGGGAGAGCAGAAAAGAAUUCGAGAAUUAUCCAGAAUGGGCUCCAGUCCAUUACGAUGGCGAGUUUUUCAAGAUGAAUGCCAAGGAGGAGUUUGAAGGAGGACAUAUUGUUGAUGACGUUACUUAUGUGAUUGGGUCGAAUUCGUUCGAAGGAAGCUUGAUUUGGAAGUGGCUCUUGAGAGAUGUCAAAACUUAUGACAAGGCAUUCGAAAACAGUUUGAAUAAGACAAAAUUCUAA